GCAUGAGUAAAUAUGCAUUUGAAAUUUGAUGUUUAUCUAUUCUUAUUUUUGUUGUUGUUGUUUUUUGGUGUUGUUUUUGUAUUAAAGAUGUAAAUAUGAGUGAAUUAAACAACAAUGCUGAUUCAACGAGACUAAAGCUGCAAGAACCAGAUGAAGAAAUUAAACCACGUGUUCCAGUGAGUUUGCUUCCUGGUCUUGUGCAUAGGCUCUACGGAUUAAAGGUUGCAGAAAUCAAAGAGUUGCCAGGUUAUGACGAUCUCAACUUGUAUGUACUUGCAGAAGAUACGUGCGAGAACAAAUAUAUUGAAUUUGUGAACAAGAAUGGAUACGUGUUGAAAAUUCUUAAUUCCAUGCAGUCAUCCAAUCCUGUGUAUAUUGAUGCACAACAUGCACUAUGUAAGUACGCAAGAGAGCGGGGAGUACCAACCCAGAUACCAGUUCUUAACAGAAAUGGGCUUGAAUGGAGUUUAGAAACUUUUACUGAAUAUAACGAUGGCAUUGCUGUGACGACAGGUCCUUACCUAAUUAGAUUACUGACAUUUAUCCCGGGGAAAAUAUUCAUUGAGACACCAUUUGUACCCGGAUCCUUCUACAAUAUUGGAAAAUUUGCCGGUAGACUGAACAAAGCUAUAGCGGGGUUUCGUCACAGUUUCUAUGACAACCAUUCAACCAUCUAGAGUCUAAGCCAAAUACCAGUUCUGAAAGACUUCUUGAGAGUAGUCACUUGUAAGAAGGACGUUGCUGUUGUUGAAAAUGUGAUUGAGGAAUUUGUAGAACAUGUGGUGCCAAAGAUGAAAACAUUUACGAAGGGUUUGAUACACGGUGACCUGAACGAGCAAAAUAUUAUAGUACAUGAACUUCCCGGACAAGAAAACAUACCACAUGAUCAACGUAUUCAUGAUGUUUCUGCCAUGUUAGAUUUUGGUGACGUCACUGAUUCAUACAUAGUGUUUGAUGUCGCCAUCUGUAUCACGUAUCUAACCAUCAACUGCCCAGAAGAACGACAGAUAGACGUUGGCGGUCAUGUACUUGCAGGGUACUAUGAGGCCACUUCUCUGAACGACAACGAAUUCAAUGCUUUGAAAACUUUAAUUUGUGCUCGGCUAUGUCAGUCUCUCGUGUUUGGCGCACAUUCUUACGCACAACAGCCAGGAAACACUUAUUUGUUGACUACCGCAAAAUGUGGUUGGCCAUUAUUACACAAGUUAUGGCUAAUGCCGUGCAAUGAGCUAUAUGCAAGGUGGAAAGAACUAAUGAAACAAUACGAAUAG